AUGGCAAACGUUGGGGAGAAAAAGGCUAAACCUCAUAAUUCUGGUACUUCUAAGAAGCAGAAGGAAUGAAAAUCCCAAAAGAAAGUCGCACCGGAAGACAUCAGCCUGAGCUGUAACUAUGUAGACUUACAAGUAUACUGAAAUGCUUUGGUCAAAGAAAAUAAGGACCUCCGUGCGAGGUACGACCAGGCAUUAACAAAACAUCAUUGAGAAAUGAAGGAAGCUCUGGUCAAGGACGAGCAAAUAAAUUUCCUUGAGCAGAGGAUUGUCGUUGAAAGAGAGAUGUGUGAGAGAGAAAUCAAGAAGAACAAAGCCGAACUAGAAGAAGAAAUGGAAAAGCAGCGCAUUCAGUAUGAAAAGUACAUGGUUGAUAUUCGUUAUAUCAAUGAACAGAAUAAGUUAAAAUUGCUAGAGCAGAUUGAAAAGCUUCAAAAGGAAGUUCAGAAAUGCCAAGAUAUUGAAUCUAGCAUUGAGUCUGCUGAUGACUUUGAGACAAAAUAGAAGUGAGACUCAGAAGGUAUUAACAAGUAUUAGAAAUCUUAAUAAAAAGAUUUCCGAGCUGAAAAACACCGAUCCAGUCUUUAUUUGAGUAAAUUCCGAGGGAGAGGUGCAGAAACUAAAAUCGCCAAAAGACAAGCUUAAGAAAUACUCUAAAAGGUCCAAGUUCAGACCUGUGAAGAAUAGAGCUCCUUCUUUAUCCAGCACGAAGAGUAUGUUCCAGUGUUCCAGCACGAAAACAUUGGCUUCUACUAUUGUUCAGUCUUCUAAAAGUCCAAAAUUUAAAGGGAAUGAUUCUCAAAAAUUGCAAAAUAUUAUCAAGAAGCUCCAGAAUGAAUUAAAAUGUAAAGAUGCUGAAAUUGAGAAAGAGAGGGAACUGAAGGAAAAGUUCCACACAGAGAGUAGCCACAUGCAGAAAAAGAUGAUUGAGAUUACUAAGAAGCACAAGAAGGUGAUUAAUGAUCUGAAGCGCAAGAUCAGAGAUACUGAGAGGGCCAAGAUUAAGCCUUCAAUUUAUAUGAAUACAAGUAAAUACUCAAGGAACCGGAAUACAGGAGGGUCUAAUUUUACUAUCUCCUCACAUUCGUAUAAGACCGUGAGUAAUGUGUCCAAUCCAGGCUUAGAUAUUGGAAAUAACAGUGUUUCCAAAGAGCUCAAUAAUUCGAAUGCUUGAACUACUUGUAAGGCUAAAGACUGGAGUCAAGAAAAUAUGGACUAUGAUCCUCAAACCUUGCUGGAUAACAGAGAUAUGAUUAAGCAAGUGCAGUGUUUAGGGUGCACGACCUUUUUACAAAUGAAGCAGUUCUUACAACAUUGUGAUAGCUGUCGAAAUCUUAGGAACAUCCCUCGUGCUGAAAAGUAUCUAAUCUCAACUCCAGUUAAAGAGACUAGGGAAAAGAUCGGCUUUGAUAGAAAUAUGAAGAAUAAAUCGGGAAAGGACGGAGAGAAUUCUGAGAAUACAGCUUCCAUUUUGAAGACAAGAGCUACAGGCAACAACAUGGAGGAAGGAACUAAUAUUAAUUCUAAUUAUUCCCCAGAUAUUGAUGAGAAAAAGCAUAAUGAUACGGAGUUCAUCAACAGGUCAAAUAGCUUAAAGACAUCUGUGCAAUCUUUGGAAAAUAUAUCUCAUUUGUUGGGAAGAGUACAGGAAAAGAAGUUAUUCACACAAAUUAAUCUCCAACAGACGCCCAGGAUUGCUGUAGAUCCAAGGAAUCCUAAGAUAUUUGAACUAGAUGAUGAAGAUAUGGUAGUUCGUGCUGAUAGUUUCAUGACGAAUGAGGAAAUCCAGAUGAACACAAAGAGUUCAAGGAAGGACAGUCAUAGUUCCAAGUUCUCCAAUAAUCGUUUUAUCACCGAGUCUCCAGACCUCAGCAAGAGCAAGCUGGCUAAGAAUUACUUUACAGCUUCAGAUAGGAACUUGUUGUAUCCUCAGACCCAACCCUUGGGAGAUAAGGAAGAUGACGAAAUCGUGGUUGGGUUCAGAGACAGUCAAGAAUCAGACUCUUUCUAAUUUUUCAUAAGAUUCUUUUAAA